AUGGGUCGUCAAGAACCCCUUCUUCCUUUUAACAAGACAAGACCAUCUCGGACAAGGGGUCCGAGCAGGCCGGUCAAGGGAGGAUUGCUCCAGCAGCUUCACAACCAUCAGCAUCAUGAGCCUCCCGCGACACCAAAGUUGACGCCGCGGAAGGCUAUCCUGGCUAUUUUCCUAGCGCUUCUUGGGCUCAGUUUAUUGCAUCGACCAGUCAGUAAUCGUUACGGCGGAGUUCCUCGCUAUGGUAACGGCCUUAGAACGCCUGAGGAGCGGGCUCGACAUAUUCUCACGACUACGCCAUUGAUUGAUGGGCAUGUCGACUUUCCCAUGCUGAUACGCUACUUCUAUGGUAACCGUAUCUACGAGGAGAACUUCACUCAGCCCUUUGUGGAAGGCGGCCUCCCUGGUCAUGUAGACCUGCAUCGUCUUCGCCAGGGCCAGAGUGGCGGUGCCUUCUGGAGUCUCUUCGCUCCCUGCCCAGAGAACGGCUCUGACUUUUCUGAUGAGAACUACGCGUCGAGCGUUCAGUUCACCCUGGACCAGAUUGAUGUCAUGACAAGGCUGCAGGCAGCCUAUCCUGAUCAUUUCUCUCAAAAGGUUGACAGCUCCAACGCGUACGAGGCCUUCAAGCAGGGCAAACUGAUCUCACCCCUUGGUAUCGAAGGUUUGCAUCAGAUUGGCAACUCGGCGGCCAACCUUCGCAAGUUCCAUGAGCUCGGCGUGCGCUACGCCACCUUGACUCACAACUGCCACAACAAGUUCGCCGACGCCGCCAUUCUGGAGAACCCUACACGCAAGGCUGAGCCCCUAUGGGGAGGCGUGAGUCCUCUCGGACGUCGUCUUAUUCACGAGAUGAACCGCAUCGGCAUGAUUGUAGACAUCUCUCACGUCAGUGAGGAUACAAUGCUGGAUGUUCUGGGCAACGGCGAUGACUGGGCUGGUUCCGAAGCCCCUGUGAUCUUCUCACACAGCUCUGCAUGGAGUAUCUGCCCUCAUCCACGUAACGUCAAGGACAACGUCCUUGAACUCGUCAAGAAGCGCAACUCCCUUGUCAUGGUCAACAUCGCCCCUGAUUUCAUUUCCUGCGUCGAGAGCGACAACCCCAAUGGACUGCCCGACUUCUUCCCUCAGAACUCAACCAUUGAACACGCGGCUCAGCACAUCUUCUACAUCGGAAACCUCAUUGGCUUCGAUCAUGUUGGCAUCGGUACUGACUUUGAUGGCAUUCCGAGCGUGCCCCGAGGUCUGGAGGACGUGACCAAGUACCCUGAUCUUAUCGCUGAGCUUCUGAAGCUGGGUGUCAGCAAUGUUGAUGCUGCCAAGGUUGUUGGUGGUAACCUCUUGCGAGUGUGGAAGGAAGUGGAUGAGGUCGCUGCUCGCCUACAGUCCAGGGGAGAACUGCCUCUGGAGGAUGUCUUGCCCGAGCUGAAGUUUUCAGACGUGCUCGAGGCCACGUUCGAGACCGUGUAG